AUGGCGAUUGACAAGCCAUUUGGCUCGCUUGAGGGCGCUACACUCCUCACUCAAUUCGCCAUCACCCAGACCGAGAAGUUGGCAGAAGCAAUUGAAAGAUAUGAACGGGCCGGCCGUCCGGUCCCUGAGUACCUUACUGCAGGCAUCGAUCAAUUGGCAUCCCAUCUGCAGGAAUUUCAGCCCGAUGAUGACAUCCAACUGUUCCUGGGUCCCGGCAUGGACCCAGAAGAAAUCGUUCACAACAACCUCGAAGUCGCCUGGUAUGUCACGGCAUGUCUUUAUUUCUACAACCGACUUCUCAAUAUCUUCAACGACGAUAUUCCCUUCUCUGUCAAUACGAUCUUGAUGUGUCUACUCCGCGCCGAAGAGAUCAAGACCAUGAUUGAACCCGAAGUGUUGCGCCGCCGUGAUCCAGUCACCUUCCCAGCUUUUGUGGCAGCCUGCAAUGCCUCUCACCGCGAACCGUGGGUUCAUUGGUGGCGUUCCAUUCAACAAUAUGACCAUUACACUGCUGGCUCUCAGUGGUUGGUUGUCAAGCUCGUGUGGGAUGUCUUGGCUGUGCCGGAUUUGAACUGGGUGGUAAUUCUGCAAGGGCUCAGCACAGUCGAAUCACGUUUGUCGACUCAGUAUCAAUUGCUUGGGUUUUAUCUUUGA